AUGCCGGCGCCAUCCAACUUCAUCGACGCCGCCCAUCGCUUCCCUCUCCUCUCGCGCCUCCUCCGCACUUCCCGCCUGACGCCCUUGCAGCUCCGGCAGGCCCACGCCUGCAUGCUCAAGACCGGCCUCCACCUCCUCCCCUUCCCCGUCAGCAAGCUCCUCGCCGCCGCAUCCUCCCUCGCCGAACCCGCCUACGCCCGCUCCAUCUUCGACUGCAUCGCCUCCCCCUGCCUUUUCCACCACACUGCAGUCCUUCGGAGCCUCUCCUCCGCCCCCGGCGCUCGCUCCGUGGCCGACGCCAUCGCCCUCUUCCGCUCCCUCCACGCCUCCCCCGGCCUGGCGCUGAACCAGUUCGCUUUCAUUCCCACCCUCAAGGUUCUCGCCCAAGGCCUCCGCCUCCAGCUCGGGAGGCAGCUCCACGCACUGGCGCUCAAACUCGGCUUUCUCCUCUACGUCAACGUCAGGAACACCUUGAUCCAUCUCUACUGCCGCUGCGGCCGUGUUUCCGACGACGGACUCUAUCUGUUCGACGAAAUGCCCCUUCGAAAUGACGCCGUCUCCUGGAGCGCGUUGAUGAGUGGAUAUCUGCAGCAGUCGGAGACCGAGAAGGUGGUCGCUUUGUUCCUCGAUAUGCAUCGCUGCUUCUCGGAGAUCAACGCGGCGGCGCUGGUGAACACUUUCUCAGCCUUGGUGGAUUUAUCUUGUUGCUCGGGAGGCGAAACGCUUCACGCCUACUGCGUCAAGUCUAGCUUCGACUCCAACUUGAACGUAGCUACCGCCAUCGCAGACAUGUACGCGAAAUCCAAGCGCAUGGACUCCGCGGCGAAGGUGUUCGACGCAGUGAAGAGAAAAGACUUGGUCUUGUACAAUUGCAUCGUCGCCGGCUACGCCAAAGCCGGAGCCAUCGAAGAAGCCUUCGCGGUAGUCGCAAAGAUGAAGGACGAGGGAAUCAAACCGGCGUCGUCAACAUUCGCCGGUCUGCUCGAAGCCUGCUCGUCGUCCGGCGCACUCAUGGUCGGCCGGCGCAUCCACGAGCGCAUAGAGACCGAGAAGGUGACGCUGGAUGCUGUCCUCGGGACCGCUUUGGUCGAUAUGUACUCGAAGACCGGCUGCCUCGACGAGGCCCUCGAGGUGUUCGCCAAAAUGGCUGAAAGAGACGUCCAAGCCUGGACGGCGAUGAUCAAGGGCCUCGGAAUUAACGGCCGGGCAGAAGAGGCGCUGGAGCUCUUCGGCGAGAUGGAAGCGAGCGGCGCGGAACCCAACGCGGUCACCUUCUUGUCGGUGCUCAGCGCGUGUGGCCAUGGAGGACUGGUGGAGGCAGGGAAGCAAUGCUUGGAGAGAAUGGUGGGGAGAUACGGGCUCGUACCGGGAAAGGAACACUAUGGAUGUUUGAUCGAUCUGUUCGGGCGCGCGGGGAUGUUGGAGGAAGCUUACGAGCUGAUCGAGAGGUUGCCGGUGGUCAGAGGAUGCGCCUUGGCGUGGCAGUCUCUGCUUGCGGGCUGCAGGAUCCAUGGAAACGUGGAGGUUGGAGAAUUGGCGCAGAAGAAUUUGGCGGCGCUGGGCGACGAACACCCGAGCAACGUGAUACUCCUUUCCGGCGCCUACGCGGUGGCAGGGAGACGGGUGGAUGCUACGCUGCUGGAAUCGACGGCGGGGGAGCCGGUGGAGAAAAAGGAAGCUGGGCUCAGCAUAAUUGCCAUGGAUUCCUAUUAUUGA